CACUUUCUGGUUAAGUCUGCAUCACACUCUUCCACCAAUGGAAAAAAUUGAACAUGAUGAGGGUGUGUAGCUAGCAGACAAAAAUAUAUCCAGCAUUGCACAGGAUCUGUUUUUAGCUCUUAACGGCUGAGUCUUUGAGUGUUAGAUGCUUUUCCUGCCUGACCGUGGGGCAGAGAGAAGAGAGAGUUCAGGGAUGUGCAUAGAGACCUUGACUUCGUGAAACUGUUUCUGCUCAUUUAAGCGAGUCUGAGGAAAACUGGCUACAUCCAGAGUUUUGGCAAAGUUGGUCCAUCUGGGCAGCUGGCUGAAGGCCGGAGACAAAGCAGUGCUGGAGGAUUUUAGUUCCCUUUGCUGUAAACUCUACACUCCCUGGAAGAGGAGACUUUGGGAGCCUGACACGUCCACUCAAGGCAAGCUGAAGGCAAAUGAAGAAAGGGUCACUUCAUGGACUCACUUCCCACCCUUGUUAACCAUGCUGCCUUACUCCCAGGGCCACGUAAAGCCGACUGACUUUUAAUCUCCCUCAGAGCACAAACUCGACUGCAGGGUAAAAUGGGGAACUCCGAGAGUCAGUACACCUUUCAAGGAUCUAAAAAUCAUAGCAAUACUAUUCUCGGUGCGAAGCAAAAGCCUUGCUCCCUGAAAAUACGGAGCAUUCAUGCAAAAGAUGACAAGUCGUUGCACGGAUGGGGCCACGGAAGCAGCGGAGCGGGUUACAAGUCCAGGUCGCUGGCCCGGAGCUGCCUUUCUCACUUUAAGAGCAACCAGCCUUACGCCUCGAGACUGGGAGGACCCACCUGCAAGGUGUCCAAAGGCCAUGCCUACUCCAAGCACAGGACCAGUGGCUCAGGGAGUGAUAGCCAGGGAAGCCACGCUGCCUUCUCGCCCGAGAACGGAUUCCACUGUGUUGCCCACGAGCGGGCAGAAAACCACCCGGCCUCCAAGGACUGCAAUGGACACCUUCUCAACUGCUAUGGGAGAAGCGAGAGCCUGGCCUCCACCCCGCCGGGCGAGGACCGGAAGAGCCCCAGGGUGCUCAUCAAGACGCUGGGGAAGCUGGACGGGCGCCUCCGGGUGGAGUUCCACAGCGGCGGCGGCCCCAGCACGGUGCCCCCGGAGGCCGCGGGCGGGCCGGUGCGGCUGCUGCGGUACUCGCCCGCCCUGGGCCCGGGGGCCCACUCGCCGCCCAGCCCGCGCCUGUCCCCGCCCGGCUCGCGCCCGCGCUCCAGCAAGGGCAGCUCUCUGAGCUCCGAGUCGUCCUGGUACGACUCGCCCUGGGGCCACGCGGGCGAGGGCAGCGAGGCCGAGGGCCCCUUCCCCGCCCCCAGCUCGCCCGACCCCAGCCUCCACGCCGGCUUCCCUCCCACGCCCGCCCCGAAGCCCUUCAACCAAAGCUCGUCCCUGUCCUCGCUCCGGGAACUCGACCCAGAUGCCCCCCUGGGGAGUCUGCCCCCCUCCGGGAUCCGACUGUCCGAUGAGUACAUUGGCACCUCUGCCAACCUCAGCCAUCGCGUCUCCUUCGCCUCCGAUAUCGAUGUGCCAUCCAGAGUGGGGCACAGGGACCCCGGCCAGUACGCAUCCUUCACACUCCCCUGCAGAAAGUCCAAAGCCUUGACAGAGGACACUUCGAAGAAGGACACCCUGAAAGCCAGAAUGCGUCGCAUCAGUGACUGGACGGGAAGCCUCUCCCGAAAGAAAAGGAAGCUGCAGGAGCCGAGGUCCAAGGAGGGCAGUGACUACUUUGACAGCCGCUCAGAUGGACUGAAUGCGGACGUGCAGGGGCCCUUCCAGGCGUCUGCCUCCCUGUGGUCAGGGAGCUCAGCUCAGCUCCUGUCCCAGAGGAGCGAAUCAGCUCAUGCGAUUGGCAGCGAUCCCCUCCGACAGAACAUUUAUGAAAACUUCAUGCGCGAGUUGGAAAUUAGCAGGACCAACACGGAGAACGUAGAAACGUCUACAGAAACUGCUGAGUCCAGCAGCGAGUCCCUCAGCUCUUUGGAGCAACUGGACCUGCUCUUUGAAAAGGAGCAAGGGGUGGUCCGGAAAGCUGGGUGGCUCUUCUUCAAACCCCUUGUCACUUUGCAGAAGGAAAGGAAGCUGGAGCUGGUGGCUCGGAGGAAGUGGAGACAGUACUGGGUGACACUUAAAGGGUGCACCCUGCUAUUCUACGAGACCUACGGGAAGAAUUCUCUGGAUCAGAGCAGUGUGCCCCGCUGCGCCCUGUUUGCGGAGGACAGCAUCGUGCAGUCCGUCCCAGAACACCCCAAGAAGGAAAACGUGUUUUGCCUGAGCAACUCCUUCGCAGACGUCUACCUUUUCCAGGCUACAAGCCAGACAGAUCUGGAAAACUGGGUCACUGCCAUACAUUCGGCAUGUGCAUCCCUUUUUGCAAAGAAGCAUGGCAAAGAGGACACAGUUCGGCUACUGAAGAACCAGACCAAAAACCUUGCUCAAAAGAUAGACAUGGACAGCAAGAUGAAAAAGAUGGCGGAAUUACAGCUGUCCGUGGUGAGCGACCCAAAGAACAGGAAAGCCAUAGAAAACCAGAUCCAGCAGUGGGAGCAGAACCUGGAGAAAUUUCACAUGGAUCUAUUCAGGAUGCGCUGCUAUCUGGCCAGCCUGCAAGGCGGCGAGUUGCCGAACCCCAAGAGCCUGCUCGCUGCCACCAGUCGCCCCUCCAAGCUGGCCCUGGGCAGGCUGGGCGUCUUGUCAGUUUCCUCUUUUCAUGCUCUGGUGUGCUCUCGAGAUGACUCUGCCCUCCGGAAGAGAACACUCUCGCUGACCCAGCGAGGGAGGAACAAGAAAGGCAUAUUUUCCUCGUUGAAAGGGCUGGACACGCUGGCGAGAAAAGGGAAGGAGAAAAGACCUUCUAUAAGUCAGAUAUUUGAUUCAAGUGACAGCCAUGGAUUUUCUGGAACUCAGCUACCUCAAAACGCCAAUAACUCCAGUGAGGUUGAUGAGCUCCUGCACAUAAAUGGUUCCGCAGUAGAUGGCGUUCCCCGAGACAACACGUGGGAAAUCCAGGCUUACAUUCACUUUCAGGAUAAUCAAAGCGUUACUGUAACCAUCAAGCCAGAACACAGAGUAGAAGAUAUUUUGACUCUGGCAUGCAAGAUGCGGCAGUUGGAACCCAGCCACUAUGGCCUACAACUUCGAAAAGUCGUCGAUGAAAACAUUGAGUACUCUAUCCCGGCCCCAUCCGAGUACAUGCAGGACCAGGUUUAUGAUGAAAUAGAAGUCUUUCCGUUAAAUAUUUAUGACGUGCAGCUCACGAAGACGGGGACUGUGUCUGAUUUUGGGUUUGCAGUGACCGCACAGGUGGACGAGCACCAGCGUCUCAGCAGGAUAUUUAUCAGUGACGUUCUCCCUGAUGGCUUGGCAUAUGGGGAAGGGCUGAGAAAGGGCAAUGAAAUCAUGACCUUAAAUGGGGAAGCUGUGUCUGAUCUUGAUCUGAAGCAGAUGGAGGCCCUGUUUUCGGAGAAGCGUGUUGGGCUGACUCUCAUUGCCCGGCCGCCUGACACGAAAGGAACCCUGUGUACUUCCUGGUCAGACAGUGACCUGUUCUCAAGGGACCAGAAGAGUCCACUGCCUCCUCCUAACCAGUCCCAGCUUCUGGAGGAAUUCCUGGAUAACUUCAAAAAGAACACGGCAAAUGAUUUCAGCAACGUCCCUGACAUCACAACUGGCCUGAAAAGGAGUCAGACAGAUGGCACACUGGAUCAGGUUCCCCACAGGGAGAAAAUGGAGCAGACGUUCAGGAGUGCUGAGCAGAUUGCUGCGCUGUGUGGGAGUUUUCACGACACUCCAGCCAGCGGCAUGGAAGGACUGAGGGAGAGCCGGGACCCCCCACCAAGGCCGCUGGCCCGCCACCUCUCGGAUGCAGAUCGCCUCCGAAAAGUCAUCCAGGAGCUUGUGGACACGGAGAAGUCCUAUGUGAAGGAUCUGAGCUGCCUGUUUGAAUUAUACUUGGAGCCACUUCAGAAUGAGACCUUUCUCACUCAAGAUGAGAUGGAGUCGCUUUUUGGAAGUUUGCCAGAGAUGCUCGAAUUUCAAAAGGUGUUUCUGGAGACUCUGGAAGAUGGGAUUUCAGCAUCAUCCGACUUUAACCUACUUGAAACCCCCUCGCAGUUUAGAAAAUUGCUGUUCUCCCUCGGAGGCUCUUUCCUUUAUUAUGCGGACCACUUCAAACUGUACAGCGGAUUCUGUGCCAAUCAUAUUAAAGUACAGAAGGUUCUAGAGCGAGCUAAAACUGACAAAGCCUUCAAGGCUUUCCUGGAUGCCCGGAACCCCACCAAGCAGCACUCCUCCACGCUGGAGUCGUACCUCAUCAAGCCCGUUCAGAGGGUGCUUAAGUACCCACUGCUGCUCAAGGAGCUCGUGUCGCUGACAGACCAGGACAGCGAGGAGCACUAUCAUCUGACAGAAGCACUAAAGGCAAUGGAAAAAGUAGCAAGCCAUAUCAACGAGAUGCAGAAGAUAUAUGAGGACUACGGGACUGUGUUUGACCAGCUUGUCGCAGAGCAGAGUGGGACGGAGAAGGAGGUGACAGAACUUUCAAUGGGGGAACUUCUGAUGCAUUCGACAGUUUCCUGGUUGAAUCCGUUUCUGUCUCUAGGAAAAGCCAGAAAGGACCUCGAGCUCACAGUGUUUGUUUUUAAGAGAGCUGUCAUACUGGUUUAUAAAGAAAACUGCAAACUGAAAAAGAAAUUGCCCUCGAAUUCCCGGCCACCUCACAGCUCUGCUGACUUGGACCCAUUUAAAUUCCGCUGGCUGGUCCCCAUAUCCGCACUUCAAGUCAGACUGGGGAAUACAGCAGGCUCCGAAAAUAAUUCCCUGUGGGAGCUGAUCCACACGAAGUCAGAAAUAGAAGGACGGCCAGAAACCAUCUUUCAGUUGUGCUGCAGUGACAGCGAAAGCAAAACCAACAUUGUCAAGGUGAUCCGAUCUAUUCUGAGGGAAAACUUCAGGCGUCACAUAAAGUGUGAAUUACCCCUGGAGAAAACGUGUAAGGACCGCCUGGUCCCGAUGAAGAACCGCGUGCCUGUUUCAGCCAAAUUAGCUUCAUCCAGGUCCUUAAAAGUCCUCAAGAAUUCCUCCAGCAGCGAGUGGCCCAGCGAGCCGGGCAAGGGCAGCUCGCUGGGCUCCGACGAGUGCAGCCUGAGCAGCAGCACCCAGGACAGCGGCUGCCACGCGGCCGGGGGCCAGCAGGACGCCCAGAAGCACCCCCCGACAGGCGUGACAGACUUUUCAGAGGGUCUCAUCAAAGAGAGCGACAUUCUGAGCGACGAAGAGGACGACUGCCACCAGACUCGGGAACAGGGCAGCCCUACCAAAGACAUCGAGAUUCAGUUUGAGAGACUAAGGAUCUCCGAGGACCCGGAUGCCCAUCUGGCUGAGCCGCAGCCUGGCACGGACAGCCAGCCGGGAAGGGGGCAGCAGCCCAAAUUGGUCCGGGGGCACUUCUGCGCCAUUAAACGGAAAGCAAACAGCACCAAGAGGGAGAGGGGGACCCUGCUAAAGGCGCAGAUUCGUCACCAGUCCCUUGACAGUCAGUCUGAAAACGCCAACCUCGAUCUCAAUUCUGUUCUUGAGCGAGAAUUCAGCGUCCAGAGUUUAACGUCGGUGGUCAACGAGGAGUGUUUUUAUGACACAGAGAGCCACGGGAAGUCAUAGUACAGUCUCAAUCCAGAUGUGGACCGAACUGCUCGUUUUAUUUUUAAACUGGUGGUAAAGUGGAAAUUGCAGAAAAACUAUUCCUUAUUGGGUUUUGUGCAGUAUACAUUUUCCCACAAGAUAGUUGUAAAGAUUUAAGUUAUUUUAAUUUAUUGUGGAUCAGAAAACUAGAUGAAACUGGUCAGAAUCUGUAAAUUACUUAGGUUUAUAUUCCUUUUGAGCAGGUAUCAAAAUGACUUAGAAUCAUUAAAACUGCAUUCUAAUUAUUUUAAUUUAUAUGGAAAAAGUAAGGUGGGGAAGUUGUGAUGAAUAGCUUUUAAAAAAAGUCAUUUUUUUCCAGUCCUCUGGGCAUUUUCUUUGUUAGUUUUUGCUUUAUUUAAAGCAUAUUUAUUUUAAUGUGGGUUAGGGGCACAAUGUGCAGAUAUUUCGUUUUUGUAAUAGAUGCUGUUUUUACUAAACAUGUCCUAUCUAUGCAGUAUACAUUAAAAGAAAGCUUGUACUGUAA